UGGGCGGGGGAGGGAGGCCCGACGGAAAGGAAGCGGAAGGGGUCGACCUGCCGCCUGCUGUUCUCCCCGGCGGCCGAGCCCGGGGCGGCAGGGUGAGCGCCACCUGGCCAGCCUCCGCGGCGCCCACGGGCUCUGCAGCUGCCUCGGACGCUGCCGUCCCUUCUCCGCGGACACGCUCAAGCUCCACCUUCGCUCCGUCCCGUCCCGCGGCGUCGGCGGCAGGAGGCGAUGAGCGGAGGGCUGCCGGAGGGGGUACUGGACACCGCCCCCCUGCCCGCCCCCUCGCUUUCCGCCGUCGCCUCGGCCGGGCUGCCAGGCCCCUCCCCCUGGCCGGAUGGAACCCUCGGCCCCCAAGCCCCGCGAGGACACCGCCGGCAAAGACAUUUGGCAUCCAGGAGAAAGAUGUCUCGCCCCUUCUCCAGAUAAUGAAAAACUCUGUGAAGCAAGCAUAAAGUCUGUCACAGUGGAUGAAAAUGGGAAGCCAUUUGCAAUUGUCUUAUAUUCAGAUUUUCAAGAAAGGAAAGUACCUCUUAAAAGACUUCAAGAAAUAAAAUCUGUUAAAGAUUGCUCCAGGAAUUUUAUAUUUGAUGAUGAGGAUUUGGAAAAACCUUAUUUCCCAGACCAAAAAUUUCCAUCAUCUGCUGUUGCUUUUCGAUUAUCUGAAGAUGGAGACACUAUUCCUUACACUAUUAAUAGGUAUUUGAGAGACUACCAAAGGGAAGGAGCCCAGUUUCUCUAUGGACACUUCAUCCAAGAGAGAGGGUGCAUUCUUGGUGAUGACAUGGGACUUGGAAAAACAGUUCAGGUUAUUUCAUUUUUGGCUGCAGUUUUGCAUAAAAAGGGAACUCGUGAGGAUAUUGAGAAUAACAUGCCAGAGUUUUUACUAAGAAGUGUGAAAAAGGAACCCCCUUCUGCUGCAAAGAAAAUGUUCUUAAUAGUUGCUCCUCUGUCUGUCCUCUACAACUGGAAGGAUGAAUUGGACACUUGGGGAUAUUUCAGAGUCACUGUUUUACAUGGUAACAAAAAAGACAAUGAACUGAUUCGCAUAAAACAGAGGAAAUGUGAAAUUGUUCUAACAACUUAUGAAACACUGCGUUUAUGUCUGGAUGAACUUAACAGUUUGGAGUGGUCAGCUGUCAUUGUAGAUGAAGCUCAUAGAAUCAAGAAUCCGAAGGCGAAAGUAACAGAGGUUAUGAAAGCUUUAAAAUGUAACAUCCGCAUAGGCCUCACUGGAACCAUCCUUCAGAACAACAUGAAAGAGCUGUGGUGUGUCAUGGACUGGGCUGUGCCAGGACUUUUGGGUAGCAGGAUCUACUUCAAGAAGCAGUUUUCUGACCCAGUAGAACAUGGUCAGAGACACACAGCAACCAAAAGAGAGCUUGCGACCGGCCGAAAGGCUAUGCAGAGACUUGCAAAAAGGAUGUCUGGGUGGCUUCUCAGGCGCACCAAGACUCUAAUCAAGGACCAGUUGCCUAAGAAGGAAGACCGGAUGGUGUAUUGUUCUCUGACGGACUUUCAAAAAGCUGUCUAUCAAACAGUAUUAGAAACAGAAGACAUGACUUUAAUCCUUCAGUCUUCUCAGCCUUGUACAUGCAGCAGUGGCCAGAAAAGGAGAAAUUGUUGUUAUAAGACUAAUUCCCAUGGUGAAACAGUGAAAACCCUGUAUUUCAGUUACCUUGCCGUCCUUCAGAAGGUAGCGAACCACGUUGCUCUGCUGCAGGCUGCCGGCUCGUCCAAACAGCAGGAAACAAUUAUUAAAAGGAUAUGUGAUCAGGUAUUUUCCAGAUUCCCAGAUUUUGUGCAGAAAAGUAAAGAUGCAACCUUUGAAACACUUUCUGACCCCAAAUACAGUGGAAAAAUGAAAGUCCUUCAGCAGCUUUUAAAUCAUUGCAGGAAAAACAAAGAUAAAGUUCUUCUUUUCUCCUUUUCCACCAAGGUGCUCGAUGUGUUGCAGCAGUAUUGUAUGGCAUCUGGGCUUGAUUACCGGCGGCUCGAUGGAAGUACAAAGUCAGAGGAAAGGCUCAGGAUCGUGAAAGAGUUCAACAGAACGCAAGAUGUUAACAUUUGCCUUGUCUCCACAAUGGCUGGUGGACUAGGCCUCAAUUUUGUUGGUGCCAAUGUUGUUGUAUUAUUUGACCCUACUUGGAAUCCGGCCAAUGAUCUUCAAGCCAUUGACAGAGCCUAUAGAAUUGGGCAAUGCAGGGAUGUCAAAGUGCUUAGGCUGAUAUCCUUGGGAACUGUGGAGGAGAUCAUGUACUUACGACAGGUGUACAAGCAGCAACUUCACUGUGUGGUAGUUGGAAGCGAAAAUGCCAAGCGAUAUUUUGAAGCGGUUCAAGGAUCAAAACAGCAUCGAGGAGAGCUCUUCGGGGUCUGUAACCUCUUCAGACUACGGUCCCAAGGCUCUUGUCUUACCAGGGACAUCCUGGAGAGGGAAGGCCAAGUGGAAGUGGGGGUCCUGACGGCCACAACAUGGCUGAAAGAGGAGCCUCCAGUGCGCAGCCCGGGAACGCUGAGGGAACCUGAGCGUCGGGGACACGGAGGUCCAGAGCAGCCCCCGGAGCUCCUGGCCGAAGACAGGCGUGAUCCCUGCAGUGACUUCAGCGAUGAGGAACUGCUGGGCGACUCGGGGGUCAAGGCUGUGAAGAAGGAAGCACCUGGCGCACGUCGAGCAGCGGGCUCUCCUGGACAGCUUUCCUUACUCCAGUGCGGUUUCUCCAAGUUGUGUGAGACAAAGUGUGAAGCCGUUGAGGCCAGUGAUGGAAAUACUGCCUCUGAUGAAAGUUCUGAUGAACAGCCCACAUGCCUUUCAACAGAAGCCAAAGAUGCUCGUUGUCAGAAAAGCCACGACUCCCUUGGUACUAAAGAAUACCAGAAAUUAGCUAACAUCCUAAAUCCAAGUGAAAAAUAUGAUUUUAAUAAAAGUGAGAUUUUAGACCAGAGUAUUUCUUCUGAAUCUGAUGGCAAGAAAAAUUUUAAAAAUGCAGCUGAUCACCGCUGCAGUUUAGGAGAUGUCACAGAAUCAGAAGACAGUGAUAUCAUCUUUCCCACACAGUAUACAACACAGGGAUUCUCUGUGAACGGUGUGCAGUGUAAGCCAUCCAUGGAUAGAUCUGAAGAUCCUGUAACAGAAAACUAUGUGAAAAUAAGAAAUACUGGUGAUGAUAGAAAGCCUGAUGUCCAACGAAAUGGACUACUUUCAAAUCAAUUACAUUCUGAGAACAUGGCCCUGAAAUCUGUGAAAAGAAAUGGCAGUAGUGAUAUUAGUGAUGAGUCUGAUGACAUUGAAAUUCCCUCUGAGUCAAGAGUAAGAAAGCAAAGGGCUACUAGUUCUUUGAGGUUUAAAAGAAAAAUAGAAAGUAAAAUGGGACUUUCCACUUUUCCUAAAACACUGAAGAAAGCAAACCAACUAUGUACAACAGAUGAAAAUUGUAACUCUCAGACUGUUGAUAAUUUUUCAUCCUCAGAUGAUGAUUUAUCUGUUAGCCACAUCAGUUUCUCUAAACAGAACCAUAGACCAAAAACUAUAAAAGAUAGAGUAAGUUUCUCCUCAAAAUUGCCUAGCCAUAAGAAAAAUAGCACUUUCAGACCAAGAAAACUAAUGAAGUUUUCAAAUGAGAGAGUUGUCAAUCAAGAACAGAUGUAUGAAUCAAUGGAUAAAUUCUUAGAUGGCGUUCAGGAGGUGGCUUACAUUCACUCAAACCAGAAUGUGAUUGGAUCGAGCAAAGCUGAAAAUCACAUGAGCCGAUGGGCAGAACAUGAUGUAUUUGAACUGAAGCAGUUUUCCCAGCUUCCUGCUAACAUUGCUGUUUGCACUUCUAAGAUAUGUAAAGAAAAAAUGGAGGCAGAUACAUUGACCCAAACAGAGAAAAGCCAACAGCCACAUGAAGGAAGCCUUUCAUUUCCCCUUUAUGUUUCACACCCCGUGAGCCAGAAGAAGAAAAAAGUCUACCGCAGAGGCCAGAUCACCUUCAUAAUUGGAGAGACACCAAAGGGGGUCCGCAGGACAUCAGACAUGACUUCAGACGUGCUCUUUCGAAAGCUCUGGGGCCAAGGUUGAGAGGCGGCCCGGACAGGAGGAGAGUGACCCCGGCAGACGCAUGGGAGCGGGCACACCUGACCUGGGGCUCGGCCGCUAGAAGCAUCUGUAGUGUGCAGUCAAGGACCCAGUUCGUUUCCAGCCCUUCUUGUACAGGUAUUUUUAUAAAACAUAUUACCAGAAAAAUGAUACUUUAAAAAGAUACACAAAAUGUAAGCCUUAAUUUUUUUAGAUUAAAAAAAAUGUAUAAAAUUUACAAAUCUGAGAUGGUAAAUUUUCAAGUAUAUGGUUCAGUAGCGCUAAGUAGUCACAUGGCUGUGCAUCCAUCUCCCAUCCUGUAAAAUGGAAACCACCCAUCAAACAACGGCUCCGUACUCUGUGCCCACCAUGCUCCUUCCUGCCCCCACAAGCUUGACUCAAGAACCAUGUGUAAGUGGCAUGAUACAGGAUUUGUCCUUUUGUGUCUGGCUUGUUUCACUUCGCAUAAUGUCCUCAGAUGUCAUCCAUGCUCUCACAUGUCAGAGAUUCCUCUUUAGGGCUGAAUAAUAUUCCACAUUUGUUUAUCCUUUCAUCCUACAAGGAACGCUUGGGCUGCUUCCACCUUUUGUCUAUUGUGAAAAAUGCUGCUAUGAAUACGGUGUACAAAUAACCUCUUCAAGUCCCCAGGUUCAAUUCUUUGAAGGAUAUCCCUGGAACUAGAAUCGCUAGAUCACAUGGUAAUUUUAUUUCUAAUUUUUUGAGGAGCCAAAAUACGGUUUUCCACAGGCUGAACCAUCCAGCUUCCCACCGACAGUGUGGGAGGCUCCCUUAGUCCGGUGUCUCCACAUCCUAGUCAGCACUUGUGAUCUUCUGGUUUUUUUGGUAGUAGCCAUCCUAACAGGUGUGAGGUGAAGCCCACCUGCUUUAUUAUUAGGUUCAGUAUGUAUAAAAUUAUCUACUGGGCCCCAUAACAGCUUAAAUCACUUCAUCAAAGUGUCACUAAAUAAUGCUUUAGGAUACUCGCUCUCAAUGUCUGCACUUACCUCGUGGCUGACCAACCCAACACUUCCCACACCGGCCUGUCUGGGGACCAGGCCUCAAGGAGCCCUGCCUGGGCCAGGCUGCCCAGGUGGAGAGGCUGACGGUCAGAGCCACCCUUCCCGAGCUACCCUCUGGGAGGCCGGAAAGGAGAGCGAUUGCUGUCCUGAGAGGUAAGGAAGGAGGUGAACUGUUUUUUUUAAGUUUUAAAUAAGCCCACAGAUUCUUUGGCACUCUUCACUUCCAAAGGUGGGGGUUUAAUUCCCCUAACUGUGUGACAGUCCCAGAAGACCAUGUGGCUCCCUCUGGGUCACUUGUUGUGGGGGAAUCCAGCUACCACGCCAUCAGGAUGCUCAAGCAGCCAAGGCUCCCUGCCAGCAGCUGGGCAUGGGCCAUCCUGGGAGCAGACACUCUGCCCCAGUCAGGCCUUCAGAUGACGCCAUCUUAGCCAGCACUGUCGUGGCCCUUCAUGAGAGGCCCUGAGCCACAGCCCCCAGGUCAGCCCAUAGAAACUGUGAGGUAGUAAGUGUUAGUUGUUUUAAGCUGUGGUAAUUUGUUAUGAGCAACAGGAAACAAAUAUCCUGCCCUAAUGUGAGAGCUGAGAAGGUGGACAGUGGGCCCCACCCCGAGUCAAGGUUUGUCAGGUAGGCCCUGUCAGAGGUCAGGAGGGCAGGCAGUGGGGAGGGUGGGUGACACGUGAAGAGACCGAAGUGGGGCCAUGAGACCGAUGAGAAGGAAAUGGAGAAGCU